ACAAAGAAUCCAAGCCACCUGGAGCUAUGGCUGGUGAUCAGAACUUGCACUCCACCGCCAUUAACACGCACACUUCUGAUCAGACCUGGUCUCUUUUAUAAAGUUACUACAAGACUGCUUUCUACUGGAAAACCGUUGUUUCUUCUUGACCUUACAUCACCGAGGCCAUGAUGAAUGCAGAUAAUAGCUUUCCUGAAGAAGCUCGGAUGGAGAUCUUGGUGCCAUGCCUAGCUGCGUAACACAGGGAUCUCAGGAGCAGUUGAGGUGGAGAGCUAUCGCACUUGCUCUUCAGAAAGCUUGGGGUCAGAAGCUCCACCGAGAGGAAGACUGCAAGAGCCACAGCGUGUGCAAGGGCUUUCAAGCCUCUUUUACUUCAGUGGUAACUGUUCUUUGGCCGAGUGGAAUGUCCCAGUACUUGUUAUUCUGUAUCUGCUUCAUCAUCCAGUUGCAGCCAGUGUCUUCCAUGGCCCUGGACCCCUGCUCUGCCUACAUCAGCCUGAAUGAGCCCUGGAGGAACACAGAUCAUCAGAUAAAUGGUUCCCAUGGCCAGCCAACAUGCGACAGUCAAAUCGAUGGGGAAUGGUAUCGCUUCACUGGCAUGGCUGGCGAUGCUAUGCCGACCUUCUGCAUCCCGGAGAACCACUGUGGCACCCAUGCUCCCAUUUGGCUGAAUGGCAGCCACCCACGAGAGUCGGAUGGCAUCGUCCCACGCCAGGCCUGUGCCAGCUUCAAUGGCAACUGCUGCCUUUGGAAUACCACGAUUGACGUCAAGGCGUGUCCGGGCGGGUACUAUGUGUAUCACCUAACCAAGCCUAGCGUUUGUUUCCAUGCGUACUGUGGGCAUUUUUAUGACAUCUGUGAUGUGGUGGAUUGCCAGGACUCCUGCCUGGACACUGGUGACUGCACGUGUUCCCCAGGGACAACACUAGGACCUGAUGGACAGACAUGUCUUGAUGAAAAUGAAUGUGAGCAGAACAACGGAGGCUGUAGCGAAUUUUGUGUUAACCUGAAGAACUCCUACCGCUGUGAGUGCGGGAUUGGGCGCACACUGGGAAGUGACGGGAAAACCUGUGAAGAAAUUGAAGGCUGUCACAAUAACAACGGAGGCUGCAGCCAUACCUGUAUUGAAGUGGAAGACACAUACCAAUGUGAAUGUCCGAGGGGACUUGUUCUGUCAGAAGACAACCACACUUGCCAAGUUCCAGUGCUGUGCAAGUCCAGCUCUAUUGAGGUGAGCAUCCCAAAGGACCUGGUCGGAGGCCUGGACCUUUCCCUCAUCAACACUUCCUGCAAAGGAGUAUCCAAUGGCACUCAUGUCAACAUCCAUUUCUCCUUGAAGUCCUGCGGCACUGUUGUAGAUGUAAUAAAUGAUAAAAUCAUUGCCACCAAUCUGGUGACCGGCUUGCCAAAGCAGACUCCAGGAAGCAAUGGGGACAUCAUUGUCCGCACCAGCAAGCUGCUGAUCCCGGUGACCUGUGAGUUCCCACGCCGGUACACCAUCUCUGAAGGUUAUGUACCCAACCUCAAGAACUCACCCUUAGAAAUCAUGAGCCGCAACCAGGGCAUCUUCCCCUUCACUCUUGAGAUCUUCAAAGACAAAGACUUCGAUGAACCCUACAGGGGUGCUCUUCCCACCCUGAAGCUUCGGGACUCUCUGUACUUUGGGAUUGAACCCUUGGUACAUGUCAAUGGACUAGAGACACUGGUAGAGAGCUGCUUUGCCACUCCCACCUCAAAAAUUGACGAGAUCCUGAAGUACUACCUGAUUCAAGAUGGCUGCGUUUCUGAUGAUUCGGUGAAACAGUACACGUCAAAGGACCAUCUUGCCAAGCAUUUCCAGGUUCCUGUGUUCAAGUUUGUGGGCAAAGACAACAAGGAGGUGUUCUUGCAUUGCCGUAUCCUCGUGUGUGGGGCACUGGAUGAGAGCUCUCGCUGCGCCCAGGGCUGCCGGAGACGGGUGCGCAGGUCGGCUGCGAUGGAGAAGGAAGAGGUGGAGGAAGAGGAAUCUGGUCACGUGGCAAACCACAUCCUGACAGGCGGCCCCAUCAGAAUCGACUUUGACGACUAAGAUCCACGCACUGGAACAGCAUCUCUGCCCGAGACCAGCCUUCCUUAUUAAUGCCUUCUUUCGUGGUUGUUUGAGAAACAAGAGGUAUUUGGUAAAGCCCGACUUGAACCUCAGGACUUGUUUCCCUAACUGCAUGAUAAUUAUUUGUGAAGUAUGUUGGGCACACAAGGCAUCCCUCUGAGUGCAACCCAGACUGCAGAACAGUUUGGUUUUCACCUGUGUUUCUUCCCAACAGCCCUUCGGUCAAAGGGACCCUAUUGCUUCGCAGGCCUGACUUUGUCUUCCCCUACAUCUGCCUGCAGGCCCCACAGGACUGUUUGUCCUUGACUAAACAAAUGUUACUCAAGCCCUUCUUUCAUCAGACAAUACAAAUAGUAUCGUAGCUGAACAUGUUUGCUCUGUAGUUCUGUGAAUGAGGCCGAAGCUUUUGGAUAUGCUGAGAUUUUGGAUGACUGUUAAUAAAAACAUGUAUAAAAAUACACAUCUCAUAACGUGUAAGUUCCUUGGAGCUUAAAAUGAAAUUAAUUAGUUGCCAUUACAGGCAACUAAAGCUCGAAUUUAUCAUAAACACAUUUAAAUGUUAUUUUUUAAAUAGUAAAAGGUAUUUAAUAAAACUUGAUUUUUUGUUUUAAGUGUCAUCUGAUAAUUGCAUGCAGUUUAACAGUGUUUCCUCUUGUAUUUAGCGUAUUGUUAUUUUUCUCCCUCUUCUCCCGCCACUAAAAAUGUGAUGCCUUUAGUAAGUGCUAUAGCACCUUGACUGUAAGAAAAACACCAUUAAACAUCUAU